GUUUACUCCCUGAUAGCGCGAUGCCACAGAGCACAUUCGUGUUCAAGCAUGUGGCGGGAGAAGACGUAGCUGUCAAAGUAUCCGCCAUUUCGCUUUUGACAUUUUAAUGUUUGGUUCGAAAUUGUGCCAAUGUGGUUGUGAUUUGUAUUUUAGUGUGGUGUGCUUGUGUUAUUGGACCGUUGGUACUUCUGGUGUAGUAAACAGGUACGUUUAGGAGAUUUUUCAAGGAAUACCAACAUACCAUCUAGAUAUCGAAAAGUGAAUCAAAAAUGUUGAAACAGAUUCCUUGAGAGAGCCAAGUAGAGUUUGAUUUUUGGAAACGAUACGAAAACAAGAGUGAAAAAGAGGGAAAGAUGGAAACAAAAAAUGACGAUAUCGAACUCAGCGUUCAAGGUGGCAACAAGUCCAGUGAAGUGAAAGCAACAAAAUCAGACUUACCAGAGAGAGGAUCUUGGGCCAGCAAACUAGACUUCAUCCUUUCUGUAGUCGGUCUUGCGAUUGGUCUCGGCAACGUUUGGCGGUUCCCGUAUCUAUGCUACAAAAAUGGCGGCGGCGCAUUUCUCAUUCCCUACUUCCUCACACUAUUCCUCGCCGGUAUUCCCAUGUUCUUCAUGGAGUUGGCAAUGGGACAGAUGCUUACUAUCGGUGGAUUAGGAGUUUUCAAGAUCGCGCCUAUAUUUAAAGGCAUUGGUUACGCUGCCGCAGUGAUGUCAUGCUGGAUGAAUGUCUACUAUAUCGUGAUUUUGGCUUGGGCAAUCUUUUAUUUCUUCAUGUCCAUGCGAUCAGAUGUGCCAUGGCGUAAUUGCGACAAUUACUGGAACACCGAUACAUGCGUGAACCCUUACGACAGGAAAAACUUAACGUGUUGGUCUAUGCAUGAUAUGAGCAUGUAUUGCACCUUGAAUGGGAAGAACAUCAGCAAAACCAUUCUAUCCGACCCUGUGAAGGAGUUCUGGGAACGGCGAGCUCUCCAGAUUUCCAGCGGCAUUGAACACAUCGGGAACAUUAGAUGGGAGCUGGCGGGAACUCUCCUCCUCGUAUGGAUCUUGUGUUACUUCUGCAUCUGGAAGGGAGUCAGAUGGACUGGCAAGGUCGUCUACUUCACAGCCCUCUUUCCUUACUUCUUGCUGACGGUGCUCUUGAUAAGAGGAAUAACAUUACCAGGGGCCAUGGAAGGUAUCAAGUUCUACGUCAUGCCAAAUAUGUCGAAACUUCUGGAGUCUGAAGUAUGGAUCGACGCGGUCACACAGAUAUUCUUCUCGUAUGGUCUUGGAUUGGGGACGCUUGUUGCUUUGGGCAGUUACAAUAAGUUCACAAACAAUGUUUAUAAGGACGCCUUGAUUGUCUGCACUGUCAAUUCAAGCACAUCUAUGUUCGCCGGUUUCGUGAUCUUCUCUGUGGUGGGCUUCAUGGCUCAUGAACAGCAGAGACCAGUGGCUGAAGUUGCUGCAUCAGGACCCGGCUUAGCGUUUCUGGCCUAUCCAUCAGCGGUGCUGCAACUACCCGGUGCUCCUCUUUGGUCUUGCCUCUUCUUCUUCAUGCUGCUGCUCAUCGGUCUCGACAGCCAAUUCUGCACAAUGGAAGGCUUCAUCACAGCGGUCAUAGACGAAUGGCCAAAACUCCUCCGCAGACGAAAGGAGAUCUUUAUUGCGAUUACCUGCGUUAUCUCGUAUUUGGUUGGGUUGUCGUGCAUUUCUGAGGGAGGAAUGUACGUGUUCCAAAUUCUGGAUUCCUACGCCGUCUCCGGGUUCUGUCUGUUGUUCCUGAUAUUCUUCGAGUGCGUCUCCAUAUCUUGGGCUUUCGGCGUUAACCGCUUCUACGACGGCAUCAACGAGAUGAUCGGCUACUACCCGACGAUUUGGUGGAAGUUCUGCUGGGUUGGAUUCACGCCUGCUAUUUGUAUUAGCGUAUUUAUCUUCAACCUUGUACAAUGGAAACCGAUUAAAUACAUGAAUUAUGAAUACCCGUGGUGGUCCCACGCUUUCGGAUGGUUCACCGCACUCUCUUCUAUGCUGUGCAUCCCGGGGUACAUGGUGUAUCUCUGGAGAGCUACUCCUGGAACUGCUAUGGAGAAAUUCCACACCAUAGUGCGUAUACCAGAAGAUGUACCAUCCCUUCGCACCAAGAUGCAAGCCGAGGAACAGGCGAAGCACGGAAAAGCUUAAAUAUUGACCCUUUGCUCGAGAUGAAAGAAAUUUUUUUUUUCUUAAAACCAUAAAUGAGUUACAGCUACCAACGGAAAAGAAUGCCAAUUAAAAUCUUGACAUGGCUAUAAAUAAACCCUUCUAACCCUUACUGAUGUGUCCAAAAAUUCUGUGUUCAGAAAUCUUAAUAUGCCAUUUGUAUUUUUAUGCACGAAUACAGAUUGUAAUCUCAAGCGCUGAAAAAGAUGAUAAAUAUUCUGAUUUUAAUUUAUGGCAGAUUUACUCCUUCAGCAAUUUAAUGUCAAAAUUCAAACUUAAAAAUUGACUCUCUUCUGUCACAAAGUUUGAGUUUGAGUUAAGCUUAACGUAUUAGUAAUUAUAAAAUUGUAUUUCUCAUAUUUGUGCCAAACUAUUAACUAAAUUCGUAUAUCCGCGUAUAAUUAUUCGUAAUAUUAUGUAAGAAUGCUAAUCCAGCGUCCUAUGUUUAGCUUAGAUCUUAAGUUACGUUUUGGGUGCGUUGCGACGCGUUCAUGUAUGUUUGCUUACGAUGUUAGUGAAAUAAUUAUUUGUAAUUGUUAAAUGUCUUCCAUGUUCAAUGCUUUAUGUAAUCAUAAGUGUUUAAAAUUUUCGAUCGAUUCGUAGAUUUAAUUCGCGUUGUAUUGAGCGAAAGUUUGCCUAAUUAGUUAUAUUAUUCAAACGUAGAAUAGUAUUCACGAAUGUGUGGGAGAUAAAAAGAUCAACAUCAGAAGUGGGAUAGAAAACUUUUAGAUAUUGAGUGGUCAGCAAAAAAAAGUAUAAGCUUCUGAUACCUUGGUCUUUUUACCUUGGUUUUUUGUGAAUUAUGAAUGUUUAUUAUAUAGAUAGUAAAAUUUAGCAAUUUUAUUCGUAGGUGUAUGACCUGUUAUAAAAAUAGCGGUGUUUAUAUAAAUAUUAAUCAAUUAUUAGAAAGGACUCUUAUGUGUUGCUAGUGUAUUGUGUUCAUAUUUUUGUUUCUUAAGAAUUAACAUAUCGUAAAUUAAGUGUUUGGUUUUUAAGCUUUAAUUAUCUUACUCUUUGAUUUAAGAGUUAACAAAUAUUUAAUGGCUUAUAGGUAUUGUUUUAGACUAUCAGUCAUAUAAUGUGUUCUCUUCACGACCAAAUCAACAAACCCUUCAGAUCUUUUUAAUAUACUGUAGUUAUACUCUUCAAUAUACAAAUGUCCCCUUUUCUACAAAUAUUAUUAUUUUUGGAUCCUUCUUGAAAUCUAACAAUCAUUUAGUUUUUUGAGAAUUUUGUGUGGAUUUCAAAAUAUUAUAAAGAAAUAUUUAAAUUUAAAAUAAUAAAAUAAGUUAAUAAAGUAUUUAAAAGGUCAAUUUAAAAUAAAAAAUGAGUAAACAUUCGUAAGUUAUUUUUAAUCAUGUAAUCGAUAUAUUAUGAUAUAAAAUUAUCAAAAAAAUAUUUAU